AAGCAUGUCGGAAAAAUGUGAAAAAUCCGAGUCGGGUCAACCUUUCCGGUAAUAGUUUGUACUGUAUCGCCCGGACAUCGGAUAAAUGAAGCAGACACUAAAAGGACUAUCCGGUUCAACAAGGUUGACGCGGUCAGACUUUAGGUUGAAUUUACUUUUACUGAAGGGUCAGGGGUGCGUGAAGUGGAAGCUAAUCUUUUUCUUGAAGAGUCCACUAACUCAACUUAGAAAAGUAAAACUACCUAUAGUAUAGUCUACAAUAAAAAAAUUGAGGAAAAUUAUUUGAGUUUUGAUCGGACCGUCUAACAAAGAUAAUUUUAUUCAUAUAUAGAUUAAGACUUCAAAACUACAAUAAACUGAUUCUCUAUAUUUGGCACUAGCCCGGCCUUGCCCAUGGAAUUUCAAAAACACUUUGGGAAAAGAAAUCUAAUUUUGAAGAAAAAAUUUAAUUUUUUAAGCUUUUUACCCACAUGGUACCCAUGGGGUUCCUCAAAAACAUUUAGCCAAUUAGGUCCAGCCGUUUGGCCAGCUAUUGCGAAGAUCUUUAUAAUUAUUUAGAUAUAUAUAUAUAUAUAUAUAUAUAUAUAUAUGAGGUUAAUCAAAAUUUGGGGGUAUCUAAAGAGCAAUACUUAAACACAAUAGUAAAAAAGUAGAAAAAAUGUGAAAUUAAGGAGAAGAUAUAGCGUGGGAGAUAUGCUUAUGGCAGAAAGAGACACUUACACAUUAAAUCUCGCGGAUCUAAGGAAAAUCUAUGCAAUAUGCAUGAUUCAAGAACAGAUUUCAUGCACAAAAAGAAUUUUAAAAGAAUUAAAUUUUGAUGAGUGAAAUUAUGUGAAACUGGAUGAUUUUGUAAAAAAAAUUGUCAGUGUAGUGGCUUUGCAAGUAUUCUUUUAAUCUAGAAUUCCGAUUUUGAACAUAAGGUUGAAAAAUUUAACUUUUAAACCAUUUCUUAAAAUUAGAUUUUACGGAAGUGUAUAAAUUUUUACAGGCGGUUUUCAUGUUUUAUGUUGUAAUCAGAUAGAAAUGUGAGUUUAAUGUUGUGUAUAUUGUAUGAUACAUACUACACAUGUCUAUAUCACGAAUGUGACUGUGAGUUGUGAUGUGUGAGGGGUGUGUGUAUGUUAAGGAAUGUUGGAGAUGUGUACGCAUGUAUAGAUGAGUAUUGUGUGUGCGCUAAUACCGCCGUAGAUCUCAGUUCUCUUGAGGAAGCGGAGGGUUGGGUUGUACAGGAGAGAAGAGCUAGGAACGGGAAACCAGGAGUUCUCAUAGUUUAAGAUUUAACAUGGAGUUGAAACACUACCAGACGAAUUCCUUCCCUGAUUAAACCAUGUAACUAUAGUUAAAAACCAUCUGUCGGGGUAUAAUGAUAUAUUUUCGUGAGAAAAUAUUCCCAGCCCAGGAAGUAAAGGAAAUAUCGCCGCUUUUACAGUUUGUUUCCGACCAUAGCAGUCCAUAGCAUUCAUACAGUGACGAGAUAUUAGGGAAAUUAUUUUUAGACAGUUUCUAGAGCAUCGUUUAUGGAUUUGCAGACAAGGUUAACUCGAAAAAUAUAUUUUGCUGUUUAGCUCGGAGCAAGAAAUUAUAUCUGAGGGAUGGUUUAAAGAACUACAGGAAUGUCUAGUAUAAUUAAAGAUUAUUAGAGGGGUCUGUGUACUCACCUACAAGAUCAGAUUUGUGAAAUCAAAUUACACGGUCAAAGAUAAAAUCUGGUCGUUAGAGAGAGAGAGAGCUGAGGUGAAAUGCUGUGAACUAUCCUGUGCUAGGUUCCCAGACAAGAGCUGAUUAUAAAUCCUAUCUUUUUAGAUAAUUACAUACACCUUCCUCUCUACUCUAAAACAGCCAGUUGUAGAUAGUACCCUGAGAAGCUUGGAGAGUUUGAUGUAGUAUGAUGGACAAGGGAGGAAAUAUAUGUGGGUUUUACUGGCCUAGGGCCCAACCUACACUGCACCCCUGCCAAUGGUAUACAUAGGAACGCAAAAACAAGCUCAAAUAUUCAGUGAAAGUUCCCCCCCCCCCACCCCUACACACCGGGUCAGAAAUAUAUUGGCAAAAAAUAUGGAUGGACGUAGAGGGGCGCGGAGCAGUUUGGGGGUUCAGUCCUCUACACUUAAACAUUCAAGAUCAGUGAUUUCAGGGGUAACUCAGCCAGACGAGAGCUUAUCCAUUACAGGCGGUUUCUUUCCUUUUAAGCUAACCGCUACAUUAGCAGCCCUGAAGAUUGUUGGGGGAUGCAUGCUGAUAGGACUAGGAGCAGCAGCUAUAGUACAGCAUGCUGGGUAUGCCGGGCAUGCUGCUGGUAUAUGGGACGGAGUUUUAGUAAUCAUUUCAGGUGUACUCGGAGCUUAUACUGUCAGAACACGAGCGUCGCGCAUUUAUGUAAUUUUGUUUCUGAUUUCAUCUUUAAUUAAUCUGCUAACCUCUAUCCUACUCAUCAUAUACUCAGCUACAGGGUUAGCCCAAGACGCUAAUGAACCCUAUGGAGUAGAGAAGACUGAGAACGGUGAUCUUGUUCCUAUCUCCGAUAUUAAUAUUAGUAGCAGGGAGUCGGGGAUGUUGAUCAACACUCUUCUCAUUAUCCUCGGCUUCCUGGAUAUUAUCUUCAGUUUACCGUCCGUCAUACUUUGUCUCAGGGAACUAUGUGAUUGCUAUGAUCCGAGGUUGUAUGGUGGAUCUGGUGAGUAUGGAGAAGGAAAGGAUCGUCUAAUAUCCUGGUUGGGUAAACAGUCUCCAGUACUAUACAAUACUAAUUCAGUACCCUACGGGAAGCUACGAGGCUCCACCCUUCACCCUGUAUAUCCAAGGACCACACCUCCUUUCAUUCACAUCCCUUCCGACCCCUCCCCUUCUGUUCCUGGAAGCAGAUACUCCCCCAAGGACCCCCCGCCGAACCGGACACGCCCUAGAUCUAAAUCACCUGCUGCACGCCACACCCACUCCACCAGACACACCCCUCAGCUCCUCUCCAUCCCUCAGACGCCUUCUUCUCAUUUCCCCACCUACCCGCCGCUGGAGAUGUUUGGCGGGUUUUACUACCCCGCCGGGUCUGCCUACCCUCCUCAACAGGGGUACGCCUACCCUUCUCAACAGGGCCACGCCUACCCUGGUGGAUACCCAUCUACAGGGUAUCAGCAGCAAUUUGUUGGGAUACCCCCAGGUGUUAUUGUGGGAGGGUCUGGUGCUCCUGGAGUUCAUAGUGUACCUGGAGUUCAUGGUGUACCCGGAGCUUGGUAUUAUCCACAAGAUUGGGAUCAAGCUUAUAAUCAGGUUGAUUAUAUAACUCCGAAAUAA